UAUUCUUGGCAACAAUUAAAAUAUUAGCAAAAACAAUGCAAUGGCAGGAUAUUUACACUCAAUUUUAGUUUGCGAUGACUAAUCGGAGUAAUUUCUUAUGUAGACAUAACAAUGAAUUUUAACGUCUUUACACAAACCUGAAUGAAUCGGCGAAUCAAGACUAAAGUCACGUACCUGAAUGUCACAUACCUGAAUGAAUCACCGAAGCAAGACAAAAGUCACGUGUUGUAGAUUGUGUGAUUUUGUCAGGAAUGGAAAAUGAAACCUUUUACAGGUGUGUUGGUAGGCAAAUGACAUGUAGUUUACAUCUACAAGGCUCACAUUUACUGUAAGCAUUUAUCAGAUGCUCGGGAUAAAUGAAACUUACAACCAUGAGAAAGACAAUAGUCAUUCAUAUUAUAGGGAGGCAAAAUGUUAGCUUUGCUAAGUAUCAUCAACUGUGAAAUACCCUCUCUUGAUAUUAAUUUUUCCCAGUUCUUUAUUGUACCUGCAUGAAUUAAUUGUUUAAAACAGAAUUCAAUAAAAAUAUCAAAUUACAGGGAAAAAAACUAUAAACCAUCAACACGUAUAAACCAUCAAUGUCAAAAAACUUGAUUUAAUGUUGAUCAUAUGAAACAUGAAUUAUUAUUACAUAACUUUGCUUUAAGUUUUAUUUAUUGACCUUUUUGGCGAGCAUGUAGCCAAUGUACACUGUUGAUUGAUAAUAUCUCAGGAUUUACAUACGUCCACUUUACAAAAUGGAAAAUGAAAGUUGCCAAGCAAGUCUUAUGAAACGAAACAUUGUUUUGAGGCGGGACAUAGAGGAAGCUUUAAAAGGCCUCUUUCGCUGAGCCACAAGCACACUUCACUUAACAGACUAGAGGAAGAAAACCUUUAAACAGGGAAAGAUCUGAACAACUAGACUUGUGAUGGAGCUAACAGUAACAGAAAUAAAUGGAAACUCACAGCGUCUGACUGUGGACUGCAAUGCCACAGUUGGUGAACUGAAGCUGCUCAUUUCGCAGCACUUCAAUGUGAAUCCUUCUCAACAGAGGCUGUCUGUAAAUAAUGGUCAACGAAUCAUCCUUGACAAUGAUUCAAAAAGCCUCAGUGAUUGUUAUGUGACCUCAGGGUCCACAAUAGCGCUGUUUAGGAACACUGGACCUAUGCAGGUGUUUGUCAUUAAUGAGAAGGGCAUAACGAGUACCUACGAGGUUGAUCCCAAUGAGACAGUGAAUCAGCUCCAGCAGAAGAUCUUCAAUAAAGAAAGAGUCCCGUUGGACCAGCAGAGGCUCAUUUAUAACGGCAAACAACUGGAGUCCGGAAGGAUGUUGCAGGACUACAACAUCACACAUCUAAGCACCAUUCACAUGACUCUCCGUCUCAGAGGAGGUUAAUGGGGACAAUAAUAAUCCUUGUGUAAUGGAUCUUUUAAAAUGGUGAAUGGAAGAAUAAAAACUAAAGCACUUUAUGUCACUGAUGUGUCUUAAAUUAGUUAUAUUCAUACCUGGUGGCAGCUAAAUAUUGCGUUUUCUGUUAAUGCAAGUUAUUUAUUUAAUCUUUAAAUACAUGGAGUGAAUUUAUUUAUGCAAUUCCUAUGUGUUGUCUGCUUUCGUUGCCUACUUGUAUGCUUUUAUGCUUCAUCAAUAAAAUGUUUGGAUGAA